CUUCUUUAAAUACAGACAGCAUGCAUAUCAGCAUUCAAUCAAUCAAUUGAUUAUUCAUUUUCUGACGGUCAAUAUCUCAAGAACUGCAUACGCUGCGCAUGCGUCAAAAAUACAUAUUUUGAAAAAGGGUAGGCGUUGAACUGACUACAUUCCAAUGGACCGUUAACUCUGCCUACGGAGUUAGCAACCCGUUAGAUUAUAGCCAACAAAUUAUUAAUUUGCUUCUUAAAUGUGGUAUGUGUCUAUGUUUUCAAAUCGUGUAGGCCUAAUCAAUGAAAGGGAUACCACGGCGCCUCCCACUCGGCGCAUUAAAACGCCUAUUUCUUGCAUCUCAAAGAUAGAGUUUAACAUUGCGAACGUUAGUUUACAUGCCUAUGCUAUUCUGCUUGUGCUUCGGAUUGCCAAAUUUGUUAACUACAUUGCUGGGUAACAUCAUGCGCAGUACCGAGAUGAGAGGGCGACGGAGCAUGUGAAGAUGUCCCUAAAGACUGCUAAAACAUGGUGCUAUAGACUGAUCGCUGUUGUUCUGUUCUUCAUCUCCUACUACUGCUCCCACGUCUUCCUCCAGAGCUAUGGCGGCACCAGCAAGUCUCCUCCAACUCCGAGCAAGUCACUGUGCGGCGGCUGGCUAAAGCAGAAGAAGUGGGAGAGCCUCAAUUUUAACAUUAGCAGACAAACGCAGCUCUUCUUCAAACUGGAGGAUUUCUUCUGGCGACAGCAUCAGUCCACUCUAGCGUUACCCUACGGUAUUAAAGGCAGUGAGUUGCUGCUGCUGAAGGUUUUAGCCAUUAUUGCCAAUUACAAAAUGCCAGCCAGCAUUGAUAGUCUAGACUGCAGAACGUGUGCAGUCAUAGGAAAUGGGUUUGCCAUUAAAAACAGCUCCUUGGGGGGCGUCAUCAACGAGUACGAUGUGGUGAUCCGGCUGAAUGAUGCCCCCGUCAGAGGUUAUGAGGACGACGUGGGGAACAAGACCACUAUGCGUCUCUUCUACCCAGAGUCGGCCUCCUACAACCCCAGCAUGCACAACGACCCCGGCACCCUCAUGGUCCUAGUGCCUUUCAAACAGCAGGACCUCCGCUGGCUCAAAGAGAUCCUGUACGACGAGAAGAGGGUGAGGAAAGGUUUCUGGAAGCCCCCUCCACAGAUCUGGCUAGGCAGGACCAGUCGCAUCCGGGUGCUGGACCCUCACUUCCUGCAUAGGACAGCCAGCAGUCUGCUACAAAUCCCCCUUCACCCAAAGAGCAAACAGAAACCAGUACACCCCACCACAGGGAUCCUAGCCGUGUUCGUGGCACUCAACUACUGUGACGUGGUCCACGUAGCUGGGUUUGGAUAUCCAGCAUCCAAAAGCCAGAAGCAUCCUAUACACUACUACGGAUAUGACACUAUGAAAUCCAUGAAGGAUUCCUACCAUGACCUUACUCACGAAGCAGAAACCUUAAAAAAACUAGAGGAUUCGGGGGCUAUCCUGUACUUACACCCUCACUCCUGACACACAUACACAAGGUCCAGAAACAGACCAUAUCCCUUAUCUCCUAGAAACGUCAUCAAAAUCUGAAAGGAAUUUUCACUGCACUGCUAAUACCUAUAAAUGUUUUCUUCAGAUCUACACACAUGCCUAGGUGGUAGAGGUUAGCGGGCGUUCAUGGACUGACAAUACGGUCCAUACAGUCCAAACAUCACAAUCACACAUUGAGCCAGUCUUAAUUCACCUCACUCCUAUUGACAAUAACUAAUUCAUUUCUGUUUUGAAAAAAUGUUAAUUAACUUAAUUUUUUUAGAUCGUUGUCUUUUAAAUGGUAUCACUGGAUAUUUUAUUGUGUAAUUAAUUUUUAUUAAAAUGAAAUCUAAAUGAAAAUA